CUUACCUUCGCCGCCUCAUCUCCUCUUCUUAGCCCCUGGUUUCUCCCCAUUGUUCGCCCCUUCCCUCUUUCUGCGUCUCUCUCUCCUCUCUUUGCGUCUCUCUCUCCUCUCUCUUUCUCUCCGGCGAGGUUUCUCUUGUCUUGAAUCGAGGCGAGGGGCCUGGACGGCGAGUCUUGGGCCUGGAUUCAGUAUCCGUUUUGGCGGAUACUGUUGGUUUCUGUCAGUUCUUGGCGGAGCCCUGGUAUUUUUCUUCGAUUCUUGAGGGUUUGGUCUUUUUCUGGUUUUUCUCUGAGCGAUUGGAGCUUGGAUUGGGGUUGGUGAUCUUGUCUUUAAGAUUAAAGGUUGGAGCUUGGAGGAGUUUUCUAAUUUGUUUUUCUGCUUUCUCGGUUCUGGAAAUCGAGCUUUGCAUCAAUCUUUAGAUUUUUUCGUGGUUUAAGCGUCAGGAGUUUGACGGAGUUUAGUAGAGCUUGGAGGUGGAAUGAAUUUCUUGAUAUUUCUAUGAUAGGGAAGAUUUAGGGCUUCUUUUUGCGCCAAAAAGGAGCUAUUUUGGAUUUCUUGAGCGUUUGAGGAAAAAAUGAGUAGAGGAUUUGAUGUGGCUUGGAAGGAUGCAGGGGUUCGAGUGGUACUCUAGGUGUCAACUAUAGCGUUGUGGGAGGAGGAAAAGAGUGGAGUUAGAGGCUGGGCUUUUGCUGUUCCGGGCCAGGGGACUAGAAAGGGAUAAUAAAAAGGUGAUCAAGAGCUUCUGCAGCAAUGAAAGUACCGGAUAAAAGCAGAAGACCUAGUCUGAAUCCCAUCCACAUUCCUGAUAGGAGGAUAUGUGUGGAUAUCGGAACUUCAGCUGUGAAUAGCCACCAAUCAAAAGAAUUCAGCUCAUUAGUAGAUGAACUUGCAAUGAAGGUAAGGAAACCUUACACAAUAACAAAACAGCGGGAAAGGUGGACAGAAGAAGAACACGAGAAGUUUCUUGAGGCUUUAAAACUGUAUGGUCGUGCUUGGCCUCGAAUUGAGGAGCACAUAGGCACCAAGACUGCAGUUCAGAUUCGAAGCCAUGCUCAGAAGUUUUUCUCAAAGGUGGUUCGUGAGCCGGGCACUGCGAAGGCUAUCGGGAUUCCCCCACCUCGACCAAAAAGAAAGCCACUGCACCCAUAUCCUCGUAAAUUGGGCAACCUAGCCAGCAAGGUUCUCCCUGUUCUGGAGCAGCCAGCAUGGUCUUCACUGUCGGUUCCAUCAGUUUUUGAACUAGAAAACAGUUCACCAGUAUCAGUUUUAUCUGCAGCAGGAUCAGAUACUAUAGGAUCAACAAUCUCAAAUCUGCCAAAUGGUUGCGCAUCAUCGGUGUCAUCUGCAACUAGAUCAGAUCUAGUUGGAAUGUUAAUAACCAAACAAGAAACUGGAUGCCAGUCACCUGCAUCAGUUGAAGAUGAGAAUAGAUCUGCCUCACCUGGACCAGUAUCAACUUGUUUAGUAAAAGAAGAUAAAUCCCAGAUGGAGGUAGAUUUGAGUUCAAAAGAUGAAACCCCUUCCAAGGAAAGCUCGCCAAUAGAAGCACAAGCAACUUGCCUGAGGCUAUUUGGAAAGACAGUUUUGGUGACUAAUGCUCAAAAACCAUGCUCUUCUAGUGUCGGAAACGCGAUGCAAUCUCGCAUGUCAUUGCCUAUUGUUGACAACAGCGGCCACAAUGUAUGCACAGACAUGGAUUUGCAGACCUCAACUAAGCCAGUUCUGCAAACUCCAGCCCAAGAUGAUUUUGGGGGUGGUCCAGGUAAAAAUGCGCGGAGUCCAGGCAAUGGUGGAACCUCUCCCAUGUUUUAUUGUUUGCCUUCUCAUGGGGAUCUUAGGGAAUCAAAAGAAGCUGCAAGUCCUCUGCCUUGGUGGUGGGCCUUCUAUGGAACUCUACCAGCAUUCCCAUUCAUUAUUGUUCCACAAAAUAUGAGCUCGACGCAAAGUCGGCCACAAACCUGUACAGAGGCCUCAGAUGGUAAAGAUAGCCAGAAGGAAGGUUCUUGGACUGGCUCUAACACAGCAUAUGCUGGGAGAGCACCUAUUGGUGCUGAAAACAGCGAUGCUGUCGACUCACAACAAGGUGCUGAGCAUCUGAAGGAACCAGCUCCUGCGUCUAGACGACGAAGGCCAAGUGAGAACUCAGCUUUUGGAAGUCUGAAAGUGAAAACAGAUAAAUCUCCCAGGGGAUUUGUGCCAUAUAAAAGAUGUUUAGCUGAAAAACAAGCAGAGCAGCAUUGUCAGAUGGUCAACGAAGAAAGAGAUGGUCAAGCUGUAAGAUUGUGUUUGUAGUCUUUUACGUAACCUUCUUCUCCAUUUUGCUUGUUUGCAGAGAUGGUUUUUGUUUGGCAGCCAGGGAAGGGAUGUUGUUCAUUGCAGUUGAAGUAACUGCAGUGGGCUUCAGUUGUGAACAAUGAGGUUAUGGUAGACAGGCUCACAAAUGGCUUUGUAGGCUUACCAUCUCUGUUGCUUCUUGUAUGUAAAACGGGUGUCUUCCCGUUGGAAAUUUAUUCUUCAUACCUGUAAUUUUCCUACCAUAGGAGUUUCUUUUAUGUAUUGUUGACGUGCUGUUGUACAGCCUUAAUGCUACCUUCCUAAAUGAUACUGCCUGGUUCGAGCUUUGA